GUCCCGUGUCCCCCCCCCCGGCAGAGGAGCCCCCCCGCCAUGUGCCGCCCCGUCACCGAGCUGCGCCCCGUGGCCAAGGGCCCCAUGCGCCAUGGCGGCCGUCGAGGUCACCCACUGCGCCGGGCGCUGCCCCUCCCGCACACCACCGUCACCCCCGAGGAGCCCUACCUGCGGAGCCUGUGCGAGUGCUGCAGUUACCGCCUGGACCCCGAGCGGCCCGUCCGGCUCCUGCGCCUGCCCUGCCCCGCCGGGCCCCCCCGGCCCGUCCUGCUCCCCGUCAUCCGCAGCUGCCACUGCAGCCCCUGCCAGGGUGGGGAUUUCUCCCGGCGCUGAGGACAACCCCCCCCCCCCCGACAAGGGAAUGGAUGCUCCUGCCCCCCCCCCCCCGACAAGGGAAUGGACGCUCCUGCCCCC